AUGGCUGCCCUAACCAAGCGUGAAUUUACCGAAUUGGCCCUAGACGGGAGCAACUAUUUGACUUGGGCUCUUGAUGUUGAGAUUUAUCUCACAUCAACUGAGCUACAAAAUACUAUUAUUGCUGAUUCCACAAGCGAUGCAGCCCAGAAGGCCAAAGCACUAAUCUUCCUCCGCCACCAUCUUAAUCAUGAUCUUAAGAAUGAAUAUCUUACCGAAAAGGACCCCUACAUUUUAUGGAAAUCUCUCAAGGAUCGAUUUGAUCAACAAAUAUCACUUGUCCUCCCCCAGGCACAAUAUGACUGGCUGAAUUUGAGGUUCCAAGACUAUAAGUCUGUCACCGAAUAUAAUUCAGUAUUACACAAAAUUGUGUCACAGCUCAAGCUCUGUGAGCAAGAAGUUUCUGACAAAGACUUGAUCGAAAAGACUUUGUCCACCUUUCAUGCUAGUAACCUUGUACUCCAGCAGCAGUACAGGGCCAAAAACUAUACCCAGCAUGCUGAGCUGAUCUCUGCCCUCCUAGUAGCUGAGAAGCAUAACCAGUUGUUAAUGCGAAACCAUAAUGCACGCCCUAUUGGCUCUGCACCAGCGCCUGAAGCACACAAUGUUGCCCAGUCGAGCAACACUAGGGGGGGUCGAGGUAGAGGACGAGGAAGAGGUCGUGGAAGGGGUACGAGUCGUGGAGGAAGAAAUGGAGGCAACAAGAAUCAUAACUCCCGCAACAAGCAAAGGCAGCCGAAACAUCAAGGACAACCAAGCUCAUCCAAUAAUCAUUCCGGGCAGCAGCAAGCCUGCUAUAGAUGUGGGUGCACAGGACACUGGUCUCGUACAUGUCGCACCCCGAAGCAUUUGGUAGAGGCAUAUCAGCAAAUGAUGAAGAGGGACAAAACACAACCUAAAAAUGAGUCCCACCAUGUUGCGUUACCAGAAGCAAACGCACUUGUUAAUGCUGACGAUGAUGACCUCAUGAAGUAUGAGCUUGAAGAUUUUGGAGAUCAAGAAUGA